AUGCAGACUAGCGUAGGAUACUUCCCAAAGUCGUACCCAGCAGAGCUCUACGAGAGCGUCUGUGCUAUUAUUUUUGAGCUCUCAUUGCCACCUGCCUAUUCCUCCCUUGAUCCCCUUAUCCAAAAGGAAGAUCCAAACUCUCCGGUCGCUCUCCCAUCGGCAUAUCCGGCAGCUUACUGGAGUGAACCUAUUGCGCGUCGCACACUCGCGAGCCUCUCUUUGGUGAACAAGUCAUGGCGUGAGGCGGCCAAGCCAUAUCUCUGGAGGCGCAUUGAGGUAGGUCCAGUCUUGUUAUUAGUCUGGCUCGGAGUAUUGGAGGAAGUCGGAGGUGGAGACGCCGAAAACGACAAUUCUCAAGACAAUGAACUCGUGACUCGUACUGUUAAACAGGCCGCUGAGGCCGCUGCCAAAGUUGGGGGGGCUUGCGCCAUUCAGAUCCACGAGUCGAUCAUGGCUAAGCUCGGAGUGAUGGAGCAACAAGAUGCGGAUUUUGUACUGGACUCCGGAAUCCCGGUUGAACUCCUGUCGCCGCCGGCUUCCCGUGAGCCCAGUCCAGGUCGGCUCCGGGCAAAAAGUCCAGGGCGGUGGCGCAUUCUCAAAACCGUGCACGAUCUAGCCGAAAGCGCGGCAGGCGCAUAUGUACCUACGCCAGAUGACCCGAGGCCAGGGAGGUUCAUCCAGCACCUCGACUUCAGUCAUUUUAGGACUAUUGGCAUGCGUCGAUCUGUUGGUGAAGGUGUCAACAGCCGGUUCGUCACCGGCGAUCGAUUAGAAACCCUCUUAAAGGAAAUGCCGAAUCUCAUCACGUUCGGCGCGACUGAGUACAUGGAUGGAGCCCUCACUCUUGGUGUUUUGACGGAACUCCUCUUACGUGGUCGACGACUGGCAGCGCGCACUCGGGGCCGCAUGCUCCCGGCUUUCAUCAAUGACGUUGAUGACGACUCAGAACGCAGGGCGGAUUGCCGGCCCUUGCAGGCACUUGACCUCUGCGGUUGCGUCAGUGCCGUGUUCGUCCGGGCUCUCGCGGAUUUUGUCUCCCACAACCUUUUGAAAGAGGACGGAACUAGCCCCAACGAAGAGGACGCUCGCGGACGUGUCGGCCGACAUGGCGCACGUGAUGAAGAUGAUGAAACGCCGGUGGCCGCGCUCUACGGCUUGCAGCGCCUAGGCAUGCGUGGUGUAACCUCUGUUCCACCAACGAUCCUGACGCCAUUUGUCCUCGCUUGCCCGCACCUGACUCACCUUGACUUGUCUGGUACACGUUGUGGACCCGAACUAUUGGAUGCCCUCGCCGAGAGUCCGAGUGUCAAGUUGGUCUCGCUUAACUUGGGCCGAUGCUCCCGUUUGACUGGCCAAUCACUUGUUGACCUACUAUGCUAUGGGCGCUCGACUCGCGAUCUCACAGAAUUGUGUUUGUACGGCGACGCUACCCUCCCAUCUCCGCUAAGCGAAUCCGAACUCACUACUUUGAUCACCGAAGCUCCAUGCUUUGUUUCUGGAUCCCUCCAAUAUCUCGACUUCUCUAGCGCUCCCCUGACACGUGCACAUCUCGAACGUCUUGCUUCACAACCUGCCCUUCGCUCCCUUGGCCUUUCUCACAUUCCCGCACUGCCACUCGAGGACAUUGCGUGGUUCAUCUUGAACAAGGCACCUGAUACAGAAAUUCUCACUCUGAUCGGCACUUCCCCCGAGAUCGCACGUGGCGGGAAGGUCUCGCUCGCCUUGCAUAAGCACAUUAUCCGGCCACUAUGCACCCCUCCGUUCCGGAUCACCGGCUUACCCGGCUCAUCACCUGCUACCGCCACGGAGAUCCCCACCCGACUCCGGGUAAUCGAACUCUCGAUCGCCACUCUGAACGGGUUGGGCGCUGGGGCGGGCGCCUGGCGUAUCGUGCGGAGCAAGGGCGGACGCGGGUUCUAUGUUGACUCGAGUGCCGGAUGGGUUGCUUCCCCCGAGAACCACGGUGCGGUCUUGCAACGAGAUUUGCCCGAGAGCCAUCCGCUGCGCGCCGAGGUCGAAAGACUAGCAAUGGCAAACGGAAACGUGAGCAGCGGUGUGGGUUGGCACGCGCGCAAGAUGGAGGUGCUUUACGGAACGGGAAUGCUCGGACGAGAAGAUGGAUUGUACGGUGCUGUGUCUUUUGCAUACCAAGGAUAA